CCAGGGCACUCUGUACCUACACCCCCACUGCUUCCUGUCCACAAGCCGGCCAAGGGGCAGCCGUGUCACUCACUGCUGGACUUUGACAGUAGCCAAAGGCACUACUCAGUUCUCCAUGCCUGUCUCCUUCAAGCUCUGCCGAGGUCUCCGCUGAGGUCAACUGGAUAUGUCCCCUGGACACUGGAAGUCCACAAUGGUGGUCCAGGGUAUCCUCUGGAUCCUGUACGGAGUGCUGCUGCAGCCGGAGCCAGGGACAGCAACCAUGCGCCUGCUCAUGGACUCCAUCAUCCAGGCCCUGGCUGAGCUCGAGCACAAGGCACCAGCCACAGAGGCCAGCUACACUGCCUCUGCAUGGCUGUUGUCAGCCCAGGACUCAGGCUCCCACGAUCCCCUCCGUCGCUUCCUGCUGGAGGGGCAGACCCUCAAGACCAUCAAGCUGGAUCUGCCUUCACUGAGCCCAGAGCUUCAGGGCCUGAUUGAGGAGGUGGCCAGACACAGUGUGCAAGAUGGGAAGGAAUACGGGGUGGUGCUGGCACCCGAUGGCUCAACGGUGGCUGUGGAGCCCCUUCUGGCAGGGCUGGAGGCAGGGCUGCAGGGGCCCAGAGUUGUAAACCUGCCCUUGGACAGCACAGCCACCCCUCCAAGUGCUGAUACCACCUUUCCAGACAUUGGAGCCAUGGUUCCUGAUGUAAGAGCCACCUCCCCAGGACUCAGGGGUGUCUCUCCAGAUGCCACUUUUGCAGAUGUUGGAGCCAUGUCUCCAAAUGAUAGAGCCGCAGAUCUAGAUGUAGGAGAUAUCUCGCCAGAUAUUAGACCUGACCAAGCCUCCUCGCCAGAUACUAAAGCCAACCCCCCGACCACCAUAGACAGCCUCCUUGUGGUCACCCUGGCCAGAGACUUGGGCCUGAACUUCCUCCAGGGCCCCCACACUCAGAGCCAUUCAGGAUUGGGAACUGAGGGCUGCUGGGACCAGCUCUCUGUUCCCCGGACCUUCACGCUCCUGGACCCUGAGGCAUCACCCCUCACCACCGCCUUCCUCAAUGGUGCCCUGGAUGGGGCCCUCCUUGGAGACUACUUGAGCCAGGCCCCAGAGCCCCGGCCACCCCUCAGUCACCUGCUGAGCCAGUACUAUGGAGCCGGGGUAGCUGGAGACCCAGGACUUCGCAGCAACUACCGACGGCAGAACGGAGCUGCUCUGACUUUGGCCCCUGCUCUGACCCAGCAGGUAUGGGGGGCCCUCAUCCUGCUACAGAGGCUGGAGCCAGUACACCCUCAGCUGCAGGGAAUGAGCCAAGAGCAGCUGGCGCAGGUGGCCACCCAUGCUACCAAGGAGUUCACUGAGGCCUUCCUAGGGUGCCCGGCCAUCCUCCCGCGUUGCCGCUGGGGCGCGGCGCCGUAUCGGGGCCGCCCGACGCCGCUGCAGCUGCCGCUCGCGUUCUUGUAUGUACAUCACACAUACGUGCCCUCGCCACCUUGCACGGACUUCCUGCGCUGUGCCGCCAACAUGCGCUCUAUGCAGCUCUUCCACCAGGAUACGCGCGGCUGGGACGACAUCGGCUACAGUUUCGUGGUGGGCUCAGACGGCUACGUGUAUGAGGGCCGCGGCUGGUACUGGGUGGGUGCACACACCCGCGGCUACAACUCCCGCGGCUUCGGCGUGGCCUUAAUAGGCAACUACACCGCGGAGCUGCCGGCCGAGUCCGCGCUGCGCGCGGUGCGUGACGAGCUUCCGCGCUGCGCUGUGCGCGCCGGCCUCCUGCGGCCAGACUACAUGAUGCUCGGCCACCGCCAGCUCGUGCACACAGACUGCCCUGGAGAAGCGCUUUUCAACCUGCUGCGUAUGUGGCCGCACUUCAACACGAAUGUGAAACCAAGAACUUCCCGGAGGGCCUCCAGGAGAUCCAAGAGGAAGCCACCUCCAAUGAUCCUCUAGUCACAGACUUCCAAUAAAGAGACCAUGGGAGAUUUGCAAAUAUUAACUACUAUAUGUAAAAUAAAUAAAAAACAAAUUUCUUCUGUAUAAUGAGGGAACUAUAUGCAAUAUCUUGUAGUAACCUAUAAUAAAAAAGAAUAUGAAAAUGAA